AUGUGCUGUGAGGCGGCCAGAUUCGUGGCCGUUAUUCGAGAGAAAAGGCACAUGCAUCGGGCAACCCGAUAUGCGGACGCGAGUGGAGUUAUCCCUUUGACUUUUCUUGCACGAGCAACUGCAGAGCGCUCAAUCAGCGCAGCGUCACUGCAGAUCGCCGUACUGAUUCGAAACGUUUUUCACCAUUCGUCAUGGUCCCUCAUCGCGAUAGACAUCGGAGACACUGAUCAGCCCAUUCCUCUUGUCAACGUUUCCUCCAAUGUGUUGAAGAAGGUUCUCGAAUACUGCUCCCACCACCGUGGCGACCCACCCGCACCCGCUGACGAUGCAGAGGAGUCGCGAAGACGUACCACCGAUAUCUCGGACUGGGACGCCAAGUUCAUUCAGGUCGACCAGGAGAUGCUCUUCGAGAUCAUCCUCGCAGCAAACUACCUCGACAUCAAGCCCCUCCUCGACGUCGGCUGCAAGACUGUCGCCAACAUGAUCAAGGGAAAGACACCGGAGGAGAUCCGAAAGCUGUUCAACAUUCAGAACGACUUCUCGGCGGAGGAAGAGGCACAAAUCCGAAAGGAAAACGUAAGCGUCACAAUCACACGGCUAAUCCUGCGCGGCCGCCGGAACGUAUGCAUUCCUCGAGAAAUGACGCUGAUCAUCUGUCUACCUCUUCUUUCUUCAUCUUUGACGACUUUUUCACAUGUAGGAAUGGGCCGAGGACCGUUGAUCAAAGAUCACAAGCUUGUACGAUACCACUUCCGUGUUAGCAAAGAGAACUGGUUCUCAACUCACUACAGCGCGUCGCGACCCAUCGUGUGCGUGUGA